UUGAACCUUGUCCUCUUACUACUGGAGUACCUCAGGGUUCCGUCCUGGGUCCCCUCCUCUUCUCGCUCUACACCAACUCUCUCGGUCUGAUACAACCAAAAGAUCCAAGAGUGCAGCCUCAACGUUCUCAAACAUCAUUUAAUAAGUUCUGAUGUUUAUCGUGUUAGAAAUACGAUGUGUCAACAAUCAAUACUUUAAUGUGACUUUACUCAUAAAAUGUUUCAUUCAGAUCCACACAAAUGGAAACGUUUAGAGAUAAAGGACCGAAUCGGAACCGGAAGGGUUAAACUCCACACGUGCGGGCUCGUGUAAACGGACACUUCUCACACACACAACCGACCCCGCCCCUCCGGACCAGCCUCUCCACUGCAGCGAGCGCUCCGUGGGGAAGAAGAAGUUGCCUCAGUUUGAUCCGGAGCCGAACGGACCGGGUCCGGCAGCCCAUCUGGUCCCGUCGGGAAAUUUCGGGUCGUCCUUUUGACCCACGAGGUUCUGAUGGGAGUCUCUGCGUGAAUCAGUGGUUUAUUGAACACGCCUCACACACAGACGGGUCGGUUGAUUGAUUGAUUGAUGGGUCAUGUGACUAGUCCUGCUCUCACCAUGGACCUUCCUCUGCUGAUGACGAUGAUGGUGCUGAUGAUGAAGGUGAGCGGAGCAGCGCAGAUGUCAGCCAGCAAAGUGACGGGAACCUUCAGAGGAACCAGAACCAGACGAUACGCCAUCAACCCUCUGGGACACAAGUGGACUCAUCACAACAUCUCAUACAGGAUCACAGCGUUUCCAAACACCCUGAAUGUUGAGGACACCAGGAAGGCCAUCAGCAUCGCCUUUACCAAGUGGAGCGACGUCUCUCCGCUGACCUUCAGCGAGAUUCGCGACAGCAACGCCACCGCCGACAUUACCAUCGGUUUCUAUACCUUCAACCACACGGACUGCUGGUGGUCUCCUCUCCACCCGUGUUUUGAUGGUCUGAAUGGUGAGCUGGCUCACGCCUUCCUGCCGCCGCGAGGAGAAAUCCAUUUUGACAACCACGAGUUCUGGAUCCUCGGCAAGUCCAGGUUCAGCUGGAAACAAGGUGUGUGGUUGAAUGACCUGGUCCAGGUGGCAGCUCAUGAGAUCGGUCAUGCUCUGGGUCUGUGGCACUCCAGACAUCCUCAGGCUCUGAUGCAUCCCAACGCCACCUACACGGGCCAGAGAAACGUCGCCCAAGACGACGUGUGGGGCAUCCAGAGACUUUACGGCUGUCUGGAUAAGAAGCGGGUCUGUGGUCCGUGGGCUCUUCUGGGCUUCUGUGAGCGGAGGAAAGUCUUCAUGAAGAAGAACUGUCCUCAGCGAUGUGACCUCUGCUACGAGCCUCUGGAAGCAGUUGCCACACCAACAUUGCCACCAACUAACGUGAAGAUCAAGAUGGUUCCUCGAGGAAAGGUGGUCGGUUUCCGCUGUGGAACGAAGAACCUACGCUUACCGCCCAAAGUCAGCUGGUACAAAGAUGGCGAGCAGAUCUUGAACUCUAUCCCCGGCUACAUCAUGGUGAAGGACAGAGACCUCCGCAUCGUGGCCAACGAGUUCAACGAGGGUGUCUACACCUGUCGCAUCCACCGGGGGGGGGACAUCGUGUCCGCCAAUUCCUGGUCCAUCCGACUGAAACCAGAGCAGCCGACCAACAGCUGAGGACUAAACCACAGAAGUGGUGAACCUUCACAUAACGGUCUCUCAUAUCAAAAUAGGAAGUUCACAGCACGUUUGGACCGUGUUACACUGGUUCCUCCAGAAGGAACGCCUGUCCAUUUCCUCAUAGUCCUGUAGGACCUCCUAUAGGUGUAGAUAGAUUGGCAUGACAUCAUAACCCUCAUCGUUCUCUUAGUUAUGACCCUUUACAACGAUGAAAAUAUUUAUUUCUGCUGAAGGUUCUGAUUUAAUACUGCAUGAUAUGAUUAGGUCAAUCAAUAGAUUGUUAUUGAUAUAUAAUCAGGUUGAUCAAAAGAUUCACAGAUAAAUACUUUGUCACACCAACACACAUGACACCUGUGUUUACAUCUUAAUAAAAUGUCUGUAGUUCGGAUUUGAGGCCUGUGUGGUUUGAAUGUUGCAUCAUCUCAAAGCAGAGCUGUGAUUGGAUGUUACUUUAAUUAUAUCCAAUUGAAACACUUAUCAACACCAACUUUAUCACAUGCAUACAAACAAACAUGGCAUCCAUCUUUAAAAUGAAACUUUAUUCUUUAUUUAUUGAACGCGAUUGUUCAGGUGAAGCUGCACACGGUGCAAACACACCUUCAACACCUCAAACCUUCUGAUUCAAAAGACCUAAUUUCAUCUGGGGGGGGGGGGGGAAGAGAGGAGAAGGACAGAUCUCCGAUCAGGCUUGAAGCUGGAAUGGUCGAAGGGGUAUGUUGGUCCUGAUUAAAGACUGUGCCUCCCCUCCUCCUGUUACACUGAUAUGGUGGAGUCAGAGUGGGUGGAGCUAAAACACAGGUAAACACAGAAAGGCACAUCUGUGGCUUGUUUA